UUGUGUCGACAAUAUGGGUAUACUUUGGUUUUGGACCUGAGUCCCAUUCAUGGUAUAGUAGUUUUUCCACCAGGGUUCCCUCAUGAUGAUUGACGAAUUUCCUAACUUGUUGAUCAAGAAAACUUGAUAACUGUGUAUCUAAAAAUCAAAAUAAAUUCCCAACUGCCGAGUGUCAAUUCACUCGAGACCCUACAGAAUCAAAAUUCCAAAAGUCACCAAAAGAUUUCCAGCCAAUAUCAAAGCGUAAACAAGGUCAGAUCCUUUAAGACAAAAAAAGGCUUCCAAAAAAGAUUAUGUAAUGGAAAAAAACGAAUAUGGAUUAGCCCUUAUGGUUUCCUAAACAAGCGAUAAUAUCCUUAAACAAACUAUUCUAUAGCAGGCAGCAGUAGUACUUGCAAUGAAACUGCUUGAGUUAUUUUGUAUUUCUUCUUCCUUGAGAAGAAGUUCUGUCGGGCAUGGUCAUUUAUACCUUUGCUUUACCUGUUCAUUGUCUUGGGCUCCAUUGUAAGAGGUAUUGUCUUUCCCAUUGUUCUACAUACAAUACCUCUUACAAUAGGGAUGGAGGAUUAUGAAAAAUAUAGACAUUUGGCUAGUGAGCAGGCUGAAAAAAGAGGCCAUUUUUUUCAAAAGGCACAGCAGGCCUACGCUUCUGGCCAUAAGGCAGAAGCACACGAGCUAAGCCAAAAUGGAAAAGAAUGUGGGAAUAAAAUGGAAGAAUACAAUCGUAAAGCUGCCUACGCAAUUUAUAUGUACAAGAACUCUCAAUGUCGACCAGAUGAAAUAGAUUUACAUGGUCUUUAUGUGGACGAAGCUGUACAAGCCGUUCGACAAAGAAUUCACAAUUGUAUUCAGAGGGGAGAGGGCCAUUUGCAUGUGAUUGUUGGCCAAGGCCAUCAUAGUGUGAAUCAUGUGGAAAAGUUAAAGCCAGCCGUAAUGCAGAUGCUCGAUCAAAACAAUUUCCGCUAUUCUCACGAGCCAAAUGAAGGUAGAAUUUAUGUCUCUCUUCCCCAUUCUGGAGGUGCACCUCCUCAACCCGCAUACGCAUCUCCUUACCAGCAACAUCAUCAGCAACAAAUGCCCCAGCAACAGCCUGCUGUUGUGCAAGGUAUCGAUCCCGAAACUGAAAAAGUCAUUGAGGAAGUCGUUACUUGCUGUCUCCCUCGUCUUAAGAAUCUCUGUGUAAUCAUGUAAACAUGAAAUAUUAACACAGGCACUCUUGCAUGCCUCAAACAGGAAGCAUCCCAUUCGCUAUUCACAAUUCGCUCUUUUUCAUAUCGAAUCAUUCUUAUUCUCUUAAUGUUGCUAUAAAUUGCACGAUAAGAUGAAGCAUAAUACGCAGGUUUUGUUUUCACUUCAAACUUAUCAUAAAGCUUGGUUCAAGAAGGGCAAUAAUGGUGUACACUUGAUUUUGUUUUGUCCGUUAUCUUUUUCUUACUUCAUUUUUUUAAUCUGUUGAAGUCUUAAUUACUAAAGUUGGUGUAAUUUCUUAUUUGUACAUUAGAGAUUUUCAACCCUGUUCUACAUAGAUCUCCAGUUCCUUUCGUUUUAUAAUAAUUUGCUUCUCUAGAUUUUACUAUUAAAAUCUUGAAUUUUAUAUUCAACAUUUG